AUGCCGUACAUACUCUUUGUCGGGCUAUCUAAACACGGGUUCGGAUGCUUCGCUCUCCAGCCGGUUCCUGCUGGUACGAUUCUUGCCGAAUACGAGGGCUACCUUCGCCCGAUCAGCGACGAGCCAGGGACGGUCACCCUGCUAGAAAUGAGUACAUCACAUUGCAUUCAGGGCGUUUCAGGGACUCCUGCGUUUCACAUGAAUCACAGCACGAAGCCUAAUGCCUCUUUCUUGCAAUGUAGAGCUAAUUCCCGCCAAUGGAUACCAGUUAUACAAACGAAGAAGCGCAUGUCGCUGGGGGAUGAAGUGCGACUUACCUAUUCAUGUGGGAAUCUUGUUUUCGAACCGCAGCCAGAGUUUGCGACAAGGCCGCCGACUGGAGUGUACUGUCAGCGCAAUCAGACCGAGCUACGCGGCGGCGAUAUCAUUCCAGUCAAGCUGCCGGCGUUGGGUGGCCUCUGGUAUGGGCAGGUGUCUGGGUUCAGUGUGUUAAGCACGUCCGAACGCACCGCAUCGGCGUCGGAUUUUGUUGAAGUGCGAUGGCUCUACGCGAAGGACGAUCUCCCGGAGACUCUAAUCGGGCGUCCCGCAACCACGUGUGGCACAAUAUUCGGGCAGCCGACCGCGAAGAGAGCAAGGCAGGCCAGCACCAAGAAGAGCGUAUCUGAGCCUCUGGAAACAUCCGAAGCAGCUUAUGCGUGCGCUGACUCGGAUACCGUCGCAGUAGCACGUCUAAAGCGAAGUAGACCGGAUGCAGACUCACUCGAGAAGGAGCUGACGGCGAAGAGAGCAAGGAGGACGCCGAGGCCGCGAGAUUAG